CAAAACAUGGAAUCAAGCAAUACUAUCGCGAAACUAGGUUCGUUUACUUUCUGCUCAAAUAUCCUCCCUUUCGUCGGCUAUGCGGACCAAUGCUAUUGCUUAAUGAGAAGUUUGAACUCAGAUUGCUACAAAAUGUGGAAAAGAUAUGAAGUAUUCCUGAUUUCUGAGAUACUUACCAAAAGAAAUUUAGACAAAAUUUUUGCUUUGUUGAGCAUGCAACAAAAUAAACUGGAAAAUAUCUUGAAACUCUUCAGAGUUUUUGUUCACCUCAAAGAUUCUGACGACUGUAUCAGACUUAUUGAACUUAUCUCCAAAGUCAAGCAUGUUGAGAUCUAUGGAGCCAUCAUUGAGAACUACUCUGAUACUGGAGACUUGGUUGCAAAGAUUCUUGCCUACCAUGAAAUUUUGCUGAGAAAGGUCAGAAUUAAAGACAUCAGGAUCCCUGUGAGAAUUAUCAAAGACUUUAAAAGGGAAAGCAAUGCAUGAGAAGAGAAGCUAGCCCAGAUCCUUCCUAGGAUUAACCUAGACACUUCAGAGUAUACAGGAAAGGACAAGUCUGUGUGCAUCACUAUAGACAGAUAUAGCUGGGAUAACAUCUGUUUAAAUAUUAAAAACUCGCUUGACUUUUGGAGUAAAGAAGUUAUUCAGGCAUAUUGGUUUAAGACCUGAUAUCCACGAACCCCACCAGCAAUGAUCUCAAAAGAGUAUUCUCCUGGAAGAUACAGAUACUUCAAUCUCCCUGUCGAUCCAUUCAUGACAGUAGAAUGCGAUAGGGAUAAUUACAUGAGUAUCUCUAUGAGCAAAUUUACUUAUAAAUGGGGAGAUCUAUUCAACACCAAUAUCACGGAAGGAAUUACUCACUUCCAAGUUCAACUCAGAAAGUUUGAGCAUAUCUAUGCAGAGUUUGAAUUUCAAAACACGAAUUACUACUCAAUUUACGAAGAUCAGAAAGAAGAAGAUAAGACCUCUGAGGAAGAAGACAAGGAAGAUCCACAAAACAAUGUCUGUGGUAAUAUCUACAUCGUUUGUGUCCGCAAGAAAAGAGUCUAUAAGUACAGCUUCUCAUAUCUGAGAGUAAAAGUGCUUAACUCUGAACAACCAGUUUCAGACAAUUUCUUCAAGUCUUUCAAUGGAUUCCUACAAGUGAAGCAAAUAGAUGAGCUGGAAGUUAUAGAUCUUGCACCUCUAAAAUAUGAUCCAAAAAUGGAAAAAGACUUGCUAGAUUUCUGGGGAUACGAUCCUCAUGUGAUUGAAGAUUUCUUCUUUAUAGACUGAGCUUAUCAGACCGAAGAUUUUCUGAGAAAAUACCGUGAUGAAAUGAUAUACAAAGAAGUAUCAAUUCAAAAGCCUUCGUUCACAACUACUUUGACUAACAUUUAUGACAAAGAUGAUGUUGGAGAUCUAGAUUACAAUAAAAUCAAUAUGGUAGUAGACUGCACAAGUCACAUCUUCAAAGAUAAAAUCAGCGUAGAUUAUUCUAUCUUUGACUCGAUCAUCCUGAAAACAGAUACUUUUGAUGAUAAGCAGAAUAUUUCUAAGUGGUUCCCAAAAGCAGCCAUAGAGAAGAUAGUAUCAUCAAAGCUAUCUGAGCUACAUAUCAAUUGAAUCUUAUCAGAGCAUAAGCUGAAUCUGCUUGUUGCGUUGAUGAAAGAGAAUUUACCUAAAACUUCCUCACUGAAUAAACUAGUGUUUGGAUGUCGUAAAGGAACAAAGUUGGAUACUUUAGAAGAGGUUUUACACCAGUUCCCUAGCUUGUCUAACAUUUCAAUCUAUCGUUCUAAUUACCCUCUACCAGAUUUAGCCAGAUAUUUUGAUUGCAAAGACAUAGAUGUCAUUGGAAAAUUCGAAAGAAUCACCACUGUUUCACACAUCAAAACUUAAAAGGGUCGCUUU